AUGGCCGCAUGCGCACGGAGUAGCUGCGUCCUGCGCGCGCUCGCGGCGCUCCUGCUCCUGCUGCUGUUCGUGUGCGCGGCGGCGGGGGGAGACGCGCUGGCGCUCGGCGGCGGCGGAAACCGGAGGCACGCGCGCAGCUAUGAACACCUACAGGGAGACACGCGCCGCAGGAAACUGUUCAACUACCAGAGAAUGUUCCUCAGGAUAGACACCAACGGCAGAGUGAACGGCACGCGCAGCAGCGACGACCCCCACAGUAUUCUGGAGAUCACGUCUGUGGAUGUGGGGGUGGUAGCCAUUCGGGGGCUCAGAAGUAAUUACUAUCUUGCCAUCAGCGAGAAAGGGGAAGUGUAUGGAGCGAGGGAAUACGGAAAGAACUGCAGACUGAAAGAGCGCAUCGAGGAGAACGGCUACAACACCUACUCGUCCGCGCAGUGGAAGAACCGCCGGAGGUCCAUGUUCGUGGGGUUGAACACUAACGGCCGGCCGCUGAGGGGCAGGAAAACACGCAGAAAGAACACGGCCACACACUUCCUGCCCAUCUUGGUCUGAGCGGACACUCCGACACCCAAAGGCCUGAUAGGAUGGCACGAAGCUCAAAUAGAGCCGAGGCUACUGCAGCCGGACGCUGGACCCACCUGAGGCCACUUCUGUUUGUGUGCUUGUGUGUGUUUGUUGUUCUUCUCUUGGACAUAACUGUACAUUAUAACCCAAACUGGUGGGCAGGAGCGGCAAUAGUGCUGAGAUAUAGUUUAAAAUCAAAUGUACCCCUCCCCCCUUACUCCAACUGCAGUUGAUCAGCCAAAACAUAGUUGGUGUCAGAAGUUAGCGCUGGAGCUACACGGCUAAUGUAGCUAACAAGUAGUGGAAACUGUAGCGAGUAACCUGUUGCUUAAUUUACUGUAAGAAAGUUUCUCAGCUCACAAAAUAAAAUAGCUGCUUUGUAACAGUUUCAACUGUGAAAAGCAGUAUAGAAAUAAAACUGAACGGAAAUUGACUCUUUCAGGAUAAAGUUUUGUGGAAUAAGCUCCCAUUACUUGUUAGCCAUAUUAGCCUCGAAGCUCCAGAGCAAAACAAAAGAUGCAGGCUUGGCUGACUCACUACAUUUGGGGUAAAUGGGUUAAACUGUGUACAUCUGAUUUCUAACUAUCGCGUUAAUGUACUGUGAAACCUGUCAUUACAAGGCAUUGUUUAUGUGUGAAAAACAGCUUUAAUAAUGGUGUUUACGGAAGUAAUAAACAAUGGACGGGAAUCUCUGGAGGACACUGUGUACUCUGAGUGUAUCUCCGAGAGCUGCUUCCAGACCAGCACCAGAUAUUAAUUAUUAAUAUUUGACUGAGAUUGAGAUUAAGAAGCUGAACAUGGCUCGUAGAACUGGGUUUUGGAAUCAGAGCAUGGAACUGGAUCCUGGUACGGGAGCACGGAACUGGAUCCUGGAAUGGAAGCAUGAGACUAGAUUCUGAAAAGGGGGCAUGAAACUGGCUCCUAAAAUUGGAGCAAUGAACUUGAUCCUGAAAUGGGAUCAUGGAAUUGGAUCCUGAAAAAGAGAAAUUGGAUCCUGGAAUUUUAAAAGAGAGAAGAUUAGGAAUUUGCUGAAUAUUUCUCACAAAAAACAGCGUGGAAGUAAAAUUAAUACGAGAAAACAUAACCUGGAUGCUGGAUUCAGAAAAGAGAAACUGGAUCCUGGAAUCAAAGAACGAAACUGGAGCAUUCGACUGGAUCCUGGAAUGGCAGAAUGGAACUGGAUCCUGGACCUGGUACUAGAAUCACCACAUGGAACUGGAUCUUGGUAUUAGAACUGCAUCCUGAAAUCAGAGCAUGGAACUGGAUCCAUUUACUACAUGAACUGGAACCAGAAUGUGGAUCUGAAUUCCUUUUUUUACUAGAUUCUGGAAGCGGAGGUUGGAAAGGGAACCUAAAAGCUGGACAGUGGAAUGUAGACUGUGGUUUUGGGGUCAGUUGAAGACACAUGAGGGUCAGCGGUCGCGUUUGUAAACAUUGCUCUUUUCUGCUUACAGAGAAAUUAUUUAUUUGUAUACUAUUUAAAUGCAA